UGUUGUUUUGCGUGUUUAUUUGCUUUCCAAAUUUCAGCUAAGUCGUUUGCAUGGAAAAAAUUGUGGUGUUCAAAUGAUUUAAAUAAAUAAAUAAGAAUAGAAAAAAUUAUGUGAAACUAUAAUCAGAUCUUGUUGGAAUAUAAUGUAGUGCUAAAAUAUAAAUAAAAAGUGUGCAGAAUUCUAAAAGAUUUAAGUUAUUUUUUACAAGCAAAAUUCAGCGAAAAAAAGAAGCCUGAGGCAAGCUGCCGCUUUGAUGUUAUUUUUUUGUUUUUGCUCUAGAAAAACUCGUUCGUGUUGUAAUUUUAAUGUUGCGUGUGGUGCUGCAAUCAAAUUGUCAAAAGUAGAAAGAAAUAAAAAUAAAAUAAAAAAAUAAAAUAAAAUAAAAGACAGUGUCCAAUAGUUACAUUCCUAUGUUUGGAAGCGCAACAUUUGCAUCCUUUUUAGAUUUUGCUUAUUUGGCUUAUUUGGCUAAUAGCAAAAUAAACAUCAUAUAAAAGUAUCAAAGGACAACGGGUGUCAGGCGGGGUGUUAGGUGUUAAUGGUGCAGAAUGAGUGGCGCAGCAAAUCCCAUGGAAAUUGACGAAUUCAUUAACGGAGCACUUGUGUCAUGGUUGGAGUCAUGUUUACCGCGCCCAGAAAUACUUACAGGCUAUUCUUCCCUGUUAGAUGGAAGUAUAGUACACAGCGUUUGGUUGCAAAUCGAUCCAGAACCACAAAAUCAUCUCAAUGAUCUACAUACACUAACCGGAAUAACACUGUGUAUAGCACGUGCUAAGAAUUUUGAAUGCAUAGUUCGGAAUUUAAAAUCUCUGUUUGAAGAGGAAUUUAAUCAAACUAUACUUGUGCUUCCUGAUUGCUUUACAUUAGGUUAUUAUCCUGAAACGAAGCAUGGCUUAGAGCAAAUGAAAAUAUUAUUAACUUUAUUGCUUGGUGCUGCUGUGCAGUGUCCAAAUAAAGAGCUUUUUAUUGCAAGAAUAAAAGAAUUGGAUGUGGAUAUUCAGCAUGCAAUUGUCGAACUCAUUAAGCAGGUGACUGAUAAUCAUAGCUUGGUGCUGACAGAAGAAUCUAUUGAUCUACUAACACCAACUGUUAUGUAUAAUCAUAUACUUCGUCUAACAAAGGAGCGUGAUAAUAUGUAUAUGAAAUGGAUAUCAUCUAUAUGUACAGAGCCAGAUGUAAAUAUGUCCUCAUGUGUGGAUGGAAAUGCUAGUUUACCGCUGUCACCAUCAAGUAGCUUGAAAUCUUCCUGUACACCAUCUUCUUCCAAUUCAGAAAGCAAUCAUUUGGCUGUUGAAUUAGCUGAUUUGAAAUCUAAACUGCGGAAGUUGAGACAAGAAUUGGAAGAAAAGGCGGAGAGCCAGUUGGAAUUGCGUGAAGAAUUGGAACACAAAAGCGCACAAUACGAAAAACUUAGAUCUGAGAGUCAGGAAUGGUAUGCAGAAGCUAAACGUGCAGCAGCUUAUCGCGAUGAAGUUGAUGUGCUGCGAGAACAUGCUGAGCGUGCAAAUAGGCUUGAGAUCGAAGUGCAAAAAUUUCGUGAAAAAUUAACCGAUGCUGAAUUUUACAAAACUCGUGUUGAAGAAUUAAGAGAAGACAACCGCAUGUUAUUAGAAACAAAAGAAAUGUUAGAAGACCAAUUACAACGGUCACGUAAGCGUUCUGAACAUGUUAUGACGCUCGAAUCUGAAAUAAUUAAAUAUAAACAAAAACUUAAUGACAUGGCAUUGGAGCGUGAUGUCGAUCGUUCAAAGUUGGAAGAACUAUUAGAAGAAAAUACACAACUGCAAUUAGUGGCCAAAAAUUUGAACACAACUCAAGAAAUUGAUAAAUCAUUUUCGGACAAUGAAGACGAAUGUAAUUCAGGCGAUAACAGUUUAUCUGAACAAUUGACAAAUAAUGCACAGACUCGUGCCUUAAAACUUGAACUUGAAAACAGACGACUUGCUGCUGCACUUGAUCAGCUAAAAGAAUCUUCAUUCCAUGAAUCAACAAAUAAAAUAUUGGAAUUGGAAAAGGAUAAGAAGAAGUUUUCUUUAAAACUUGAUCAAAUGCAGGAAAAUUUGCAGCGACAAAUUCAACAGAAUACUGAACUUGAAAAUGUUUUUAAAAAUGCUUUGGAAGAGAAUAAAAAAUUGCAAGACACACUUGACAAUCGUCAAAAAUCCUAUGACAAACAAAGUCAAGAACGUGAAAUUGAUCGUAGUAAAAUGAUUGAUUUUGAAAAACACGUUGAAACAUUAAACAAAGAGAAACAACGUAUACAAACACUUAACGAAAGUAUACAGCGAAGAGCAGAUGACUUAGAACGUUUAUUGGAAACAAAAACUAGAGAAUUGGAACAGUUUUCAGAAAAAACUAGAGAAUAUGAUAAUACAAAAAUAAAGAUGUAUGAUUUGGAAAACAAAUUAAGUUCGUUUGAGCGAGAAAAUGUUAGCUUAACAAAAGAAGUAACAAAACUAAAAGAGAGUAUUGAAGAAAAAUCUGUACAACUUGACGAGACUACAGUCAAAUUGGAAACACAAACGAAAGAAGUGACGCGUCUGGUAAAGGAAGUUAAAGAAGCUGAAUUGACACAGAUUAAAAUCACAGAUUUGGAAAAACAAAAUCAAGAUUUAUUAUCGCAGCGCGAUAUUGAUUCCGAAACAAUUGAGACUCUACGCAACGAUUUAGUGUCCGGUACACUUGCCACAAAUAAAGUAAGACACAAUUUGGAAAAACUAGGACUAACUGUCGAUCAAACAGAUGCAAAUGCUGAAAUAAAUGUCGAAACAGUUGUGGAAAAAUUAGUACGCAAUCCGGAAACUUUCAAAACAGUACGAGAAAUCAUGCUGAAUGUGUCAAAAGAACAACAACAAAAUUCAAACACUAAAUCAGAUAUGUGUGUAUUAUGCCAUCGUAAAGAAAUCUAUACAGUGGAGAAGAAUAUUGAACUUUCGAGCGAACCACAAGAGUUAAGUUUCGAGCAUAGAAUUAGAGUCAGUCCAGCAAGAGAAACUGCUGAAUUAAUGCGUUUAUCAGAAGCAAAUACGAAAAUAAACGCACUAAAUACAGCAUUACAAUGUACAAAUGAACAAUUGCAAGCAGAUAAUGCACGUUUAAGUGUUGAUGUAGCUACACUAGGUUCACAGAUAACUUCUUUAAGUAAUCAGCAUAUAGCUCUGCAGUUGGCAAAUUCACAAUUGGCGGCUGAAAAAGAUGUGCUACUAAAACAAAUCGAGACUGUGAAAAAAGAACACAAGAAUUUGCUACACGACCAAGUUACAAUGCAAACCUUACAUGAUCAAUUGUCUUCUGAAUAUGAUUCACUCAACAAAGGCAAGGAACAACUUAAAAGCGUUGUGCGAGAUUUACGCAAUGAGUCGCGAGAGUUACGGGAACAUAUUGACAGUUUGGAAAAGCAAAUUGAAGAUCUAACCAAAGAGAAUGCAUCUAUGAAAUCGUGUUCAGAAGAUUUAUCUAUUUUACGCACGGAACAUUCAAAAUUAACAGAUGAUUUCCGUAAUCUAUUUGCUACAAGCGACCGCUUUAAGAACGAAUACAAAAAUAUACAAGAGCAAUACAAAAUGAUACGCAACGAAAAUAGCAAACUUAAGUUACAAAAUACAGAAUUAAGUGGAGAAAUAAAUAGCAAGAGCGAUCAAGUCAAGAUGCUAGAAAUCGAAUACAGCAAAGCAAUACAGCGUUGUGAG